ACCCGCCCUCCUACCGCUUCUGCCAUCGUCAACCCUCGAGGGACGGGUGAGAAGAAAGAAGUUGCUAAGGAGGAUGCUCCUACAUCGAAGGGGAAGCCUGUUGAGUAGCAAGAGGCAGGGUAGACCUUUCCCUCUCAAGGGGAUGACUCUCCAGCUCAUAAGAAGAGGAAGACUUCUGACCCGGAGCCUGACAACCAGGUUUCACCGAGAAGACCACUGUCGAGAACGCCGCUCUUUUAACGACUCGGUGGUGAAACGCUUCAUCUCGAGGCCUGACAUAAAAACCAUACGUGAACUUUUCGAGGAAGAGGAAGUCGAACAGCUUCAUUCUUCCUGGAUUGAUCAUUCGAUUCGGAUGGUUGUGAUGAGCCACCGUCACACCGCGGGCUUCCGCAAGCUUCGAGAUGGGUUGAAACCUCAAACUGAGCUAGCCAUUGAAAAGGGUCUGGAGAUCGAGCAGCUCAAGAAGGACUUCGAGGCGGAGAGGAAGCUAUGGGCCGAAGAGAAGGCCACCCUGGAGAAGAAACUCCAGGACAUUGUGAGCCAACGGGACAGCGUUACGCGUACCUAAAAGCUCAUAAUCGAGGAGUGGAAAAAGUCUGAGGCGGGCAGGAUGUUUGCUAAUGACAUGGGGUUGGAAGCGGCUGAGGUCGCUACUCGAGAGACCGUAACCAAGCUUCGAGAGGCCUUGAGGAAGAUACACCCUUCGGCUGAUUGGGAGAGGGUUGAAGCAGAAUAUAAUGUGGUGGUUAAUGCCGAACUCAAGGUGGACGAUAGCAUGGACAUCGGGGACCUUUUGAGAUAGGACAUUCCGCUGAUUAAGGGAGUGCCCUCUACUGUCAAGGCGCAGCGGAGAAGCGGUCCAUGAGGAGGAUUCGGGGGAGCGACAAAACUCGA